AGAUUGAUUGGAUGGAUUGCACCAUGUGACCAACCGACUGGAGUUUCCACGACAGCUGGAAGCUGUGAGAUCUCGGCGCUUCGCUCGUUUUAAAAAAAUCAAAAUUGUGUUCAUAUUUCAAUUGAAACAGAGUUUCGGAAGGAUGGGAGACAAAAAGAGUCCGACAAGGCCGAAGCGGCAACCCAAGCCCUCUUCUGACGAAGGAUACUGGGACUGUAGCGUUUGCACAUUUAGGAACAGCGCCGAGGCAUUCAAGUGCAUGAUGUGCGAUGUCAGAAAGGGAACGUCAACACGGAAACCGCGUCCAGUUUCCCAGUUGGUCGCACAGCAAGUAACCCAGCAGUUUGCCUCCCCCACACAACCAAAGAAAGAAAAAAAAGACAAAACGGAUAAAGACAAGAACGAAAAGGAGCCCGCAAUCAAAAAGAACAGCCACAAAAAGAUGAGGCCGCGGUUAAAAAACGUGGACAGGAGCAGCGCGCAGCACCUGGAGGUGACGGUCGGAGACCUGACCGUUAUUAUCACGGACUUUAAAGAGAAGGCGAAGGCCACGCCCACAUCCAGCGCCGCCUCCGCGGACCAGCACAGCCAAAGCGGAUCCAGCUCCGACAACACCGAGCGGGGGAUCUCCCGGUCGUCCUCUCCCCGAGGGGAGGGCUCGUCGGUCAACGGAGAAUCCCACUAAAAGACCCCGCCCCUUCCCUUCCCCAAGCCCCUCCCCCUUCCGCACCCCUGGUCAAAAUUUGUCAUUGCUGAACAUGCACAAGUCGUAGAAACUUAUGCCAAGUUAUACCACAGGUCCCGUUUUGGGGGGUGAGGUUACCAUCACAUUUAUUCUCAUCACACACAGGCCUUGUGGUUGGCAUUUUGGAGGUCUUCCAGAAUGUUUUCUGUACCUGGUCAGUUGUUUCCCCCCACCCCCCCUCCCAGUGAGAAUUGUUAGCCAUGAAAAUCAUUUUUUAAAGUCAAUAUUGUAAAAUGUUUUUUUCCCUUUUCUCCAUCCUUGAUACCAUACACAAAAAAGAGAAAAAACAUAUUGUACUUUAUUCCCCCAAAUGGUACCGACUGUACUUUAUAGCACCAUUUGAAUGUGGUAGUAUUUGACAUUAAAUCAGUGUUAUAUUGUCAAUAAACACAACUCCAUGCAUUUCUAUCCCUUUCAAAUAUGAACUAUAUUGUGGCAUGAAAUGGACCAGAGUUUUAAACAAGUGUUUAAGUUGAAAUAUGCAUUGCAGGAGAACAUGUGAAGCGGCUAUCUCUCUUAUGUGUACAUUGGCAUUGAUGAAUCUAACUGUGAUAGCAACAGAGCUUUUCUCGAUGACUUAUUGCACCUGCUGGUACUUGGUGUGGUUUCAUGAGAAAAUAUUCUUUAAUGGAAAAAAGUUUGUAUUAUGUUUUUUUUUCUUUUUUUUGCCAACGGUUUACAGCACGUUAUUAUAGAUCAUAUCACUGUUAUGUUUCUGGAUAUACCAAGCAGUGCUGUUAUAUGUGUAUGAGCAUCUACGUUAAUUACAUUGUUUUACUGUCAGAAAAAGUUUAUUAGUAAAAGAAUGAAAUUAUGAAAUUGUUGUUAAGAGGUCAGACCUGCUCUUCAUUCAUUUUAUAGAUGCUAGCUUAUCAUUAACAGUGGUUUAUAAUAUAGAAAAUGAUCACAAAAUAAAAUUAAAGUUAUAGACUCCUUCAUAAAA